AUGUACCAUAUUCACUUUGGGCCACAUCAGCGCAAAGUGGAGAGAUAUCUUGAUGAAGCAACCACUGGUACUGUACUCACCUUCAAAGGCAUAAGUAUUGGAUAUCAUACUGACAGCAGGAGCUUAGACUCGGUACUGAAUGAUCUUGGGCAAGUUCUAAGAUUAAAGGCCUCAGAAGUCGGACAGCUGUCGUCAAUAUUUCAAUCGCACUGUUUUACCGAUGGCGAGCAACGAUAUUGGACUGAAGAAAGUCUCAAACAUCAUAUUAAGAUCAACCAUCCCGGCAUCGCCACCACCGAGCAUACAAACAGCCUCCUCUGGCGAUGCUUUCAUUUCUAUGCCUACCACCCAUUUCCUCGUCAUGACAUGCAUCAAAUUGAUGAAAGUGUAUUCCAGCGUGCGGUUAUCCUCCUUGCUGUUCAAGGGACAGAUUUCCUUGGCACCCAAGACGGAGGAGAUUACUUCUGGCGGAACGAUACUGAUUUCUUCUAUGAUGCUGACUUCAGGCGAAUUCUAAGAAGUAUUAACCCUGCGUUUCCUGAACAUAAAUCUCAACCGACAUCGCAAAUAUCUGUGGUUAAUAAUGUUAUGGGCGUAUUAGCUACAACUCAACCUUACGCGGUGACCCUCGCACCGUCGCCGGAUCUUUUAGAAUCUGCAGCUCGGAGAUUACUUGACAGUGUUCCAGGAGGGAAUAGACUACGGUAUAGGCUAUAUGCCGACGAUUUCUCGGGCCUUGUUACAUUACUAUUGCAAUUGAGAAUAUGCAGCCAAAAAUGGGGGAUGACCCUCCAUUAUGGCGAAUUUUUCCAAUCAUCAAAGUUGCUAGAUCUAUAA